ACGCUGCUGCCUCUUAGUGUUCAGUGCGCUAGUGUGCUCGCGCUCUGUGUGCUGUUUGGGACAGAGCCUCACUUUGACAUUUGGCCCAUGUGAGCGGAGGAGAGCGAGAAGAGAGCCCCGGGACUGAGUACAGAGGAAUAAAAGAGUAACUUCUUUCGCUCAAAUGUAGGCUCUUUCUCAAUUACCGGAGAUUUUCGAGUGAAAAGAAGAAGAUACGGCUUGGUAUCAGUGCAGCCAUGACCUCCGUGUGGAAGAGACUUCAGCGCGUCGGCAAGAAAGCGUCAAAGUUCCAGUUCGUCGCGUCCUUUCACGAGCUCACCGUGGAGUGCACCAAAAAAUGCCAUGCUGUAGUGACCGCCGCGGUUCCUCUCACCGGACACGCUGUUAGAGAGCAGAAGAGCCUUGCAAAUGCUUACACUGCAGAGCUAUAAACACUGCACAACUUGCAUCUAAUUAGGAGUACCACCUCGUGUACUGAUCGCAGCCAGACAAACUGAGAGUGGUUUGGACCAGACGAAACAGACGGAUCUGCACUAAGCUUCAUGGCUGGCAGCCUGGCAUCAAGAAUCCUUACAGAGGGACAGUGUUGUGGCAGGUGCCCGAGAAUGUGGAUAUUACAGUCACACUCUUUAAGGAUCCAAAUGCAGAUGAAUUUGAAGACAAAGAUUGGACGUUCAUCAUUGAAAAUGAGACGAAGGGUAAUCGAAAAGUUCUAGCAUCAGUGGAUGUGAACAUGAAGAACUAUGCCAACGUCACUUCAGCCACAUUUGACCUGACGCUCCAACUGAAACCACUCUCUGUGAAAGUGGUGGACGCUACGCUAAAGCUCAGCCUGACCUGCAUCUUUCUCAAAGAGGGCAAGGCCACUGAUGAGGAUAUGCAAAGUUUAGCCAGUCUAAUGAGCCUUAAACAUUCAGACAUUGGAAACCUGGAUGACUUCAACGACAGCGAUGAAGAGGAUAAGAGGACGAGUACAGGAACGGGCAAAAGCGUAGCAGCUACAGCUCCUCCUCCUCCUCCUGUCAGAAAAGUUCAUGAUGAGGCAUGGAGGCCUGCUGUAGACACAAACCCUUUGGUCACAGUUCAUUCUGAAAUGGAUUCGAGGAGCUCAUCAUUAUCAUCAUCAUCCUCUGUUCCUAACCUGCCUCAUCAAGCCUGUCAUCUGUUCCAGACCUCUCUCAAACCUUCUCUAUCAUCACUUUAUACUGCACCCACUCAUCUCCCUGACCUUUCUGGCUCAUCCCAGCCGUCACGCCCCUCUCAUUAUGACUUUACUGUCCCGGCAUUUACUCGCGCUCAUCCUCCUGCCCUGCCCAAAAUCUUCCAGCCAACAGCAGGCUCAGUCCCUGUAUCUGUUUCCCGAAGGCCCUCAGGGGGCCAGGCUGACGUUAGUAUGACCAAGGUCAGUAGAUCUGUAGCUUCACACCCGCGACCCCUCUCUUCCACAUUUCCUGGUCCCAGUGCUCCUCCUUUCUCUCUCUCCUCGACCUCCUCCUCCUCCUCUCAGCUGACUGCUCCACCUGCUAUUUCUCAGACAGCCACCUCUACUGCUGCCCCAGGAGGCUGGACACCUCAGAGUAUUCCUCCUUUUUCUCCCCCUGUAUCUGGCAGUAGCUCUGAUUCUGCUGUUCCUGGCCACUUCUCUCCUGGCUCUGUACCUCUCUCUGAACCAUGCCCUUUAAAAGCCUACCGUGCUUCAUUGUCAGAGCUGGGACUCACCCUCACCAGGCCCACCAGUAUGCCCUCAGAGACAGCAACAUGGCAGAGAGAGUGGAGGUCCCCUGAAGUAAAACCUAGCCUCUGUCCCACACCCAUUACCUUAGAGGAACCUGUCCACCAGCAGGCAGUGCAGAGUUCAGACUCACUGCGCAGGCCUGCCUCAGUUUCAUUACCUCCCACUGCUUUAGGUCCUCCCCUUAAAAAAGCCAGUCCCUUUACAUCUCCCAUUAAUACAGCCCUUCCUCCUUUACCCUUGCCAGAAAUAGUGCCCACCUCUAAUGUGCCACCUACACUAGCUCCUCCUCUGUCUCUAUCCCAUCCAUCUGAGGUGACUUCUUGCACUGUGUCUUCUCCUUUACCCCAUUCCCUCGUCCUAUCAGAACCCCUGUCACCUGCCCACUCUUUUCAUGUUGCUGUACCUCCACCUGUCAGUCUUAACCCCAUCCCUGAUUCAUCUCUACACUCUGAUAUCUCCCUUGUCCCAUUAUCUAACUCUCCUGUCACUCCUCAAACCAAUGUUUCUACUCAGCUGUCAUCUGUCCACUUUUCUGCUCCCUUUUCAACUGCUGCUGUUGAACCUGAGGUUAAUACAUCUGAUGCCACUCAACCAGAGUUGCACAGACAGCUGAGCAUAUUGCAAGAGGAGGAAUAUCCCGCUGGAGUCUGUCCUGGUGAGGGAAUCGCAGAUACCAAAGCAUCAAAUGCUCACCCAGCCGAAGACUUAAGAUCCUCCCAUCGCAAAGCUGGACAUAUCACCAUAGCCAAUCAUAAGCCAGACAAAGAACCAACGUUUCAACAGCAGAUUGCGAGGCCAGGACUUGAGAGUAUGGUCUCUCAAAUGCAGCCUCCCCCCAAAACCCUCAGUGUCCCACAGGCCCAUUCAUUUGAGGUGCCUAAACAUGACAUGGGUGUGGCUGAGAAGACACCUUUCAAUACAGCAUCACAAACUAUUCCAUCACCUGUCAAAGUCAAAGAGUCCAUGCCCACCUUGGCUGAGGUCAAGUGCACCCUAUCACAAGAGUCAGCAGAGGUGCAGGCAGUGUUUCUGGAUAAGAAAGAGAACUUAAAGCUGAUGAAUGAGCCUACAAAUUUGCACAAUAUCCAAGCAGAUCAAAAUGAACAAGAAAUGAAACUUGCCACAGAGUUGACAUUUAGCCCAGAAAAGACAAUUGAUCAGGGAGCAAACAAUAUUGCUGUUAAUACAACACCUGUUUCCCCUUGGUCAUCAACAUGUGACACCGGAUCAACUACGAUAGGAGAGGAGGUCAAUAAUCUCCCCACUGACCAGAAAUCAAAUCAAGACAAUGAGUCUGUGAAAAAUAUUGCGGAUGUGUCAGGAUGUUCUGAUAAUGCACACAGUCCACAAUUUGCACAGGUCCAUAAGGCAAUAAUAAAAGCAGAUAAAAGUGAGUCAAAUAGGAUUGACUUUUUUCUGUCUGAUGCAAAAGCAUCACACGGUUAUGUAUUCCCAUCUGGGGAGGAUAUUAAAAUGGAGGAGGAUGUACAGUGGCCCAAAGAUGAGAGUCUGUUACUGGAGGAGAACCAAGAGAAAAGAAUAAAUACAUUGGUCUCUAAAGAUACAGAAUAUCAAGACAGACACUUCCUUGACGAUAUACGCGAGCCUCAGUUAAGCGAAAGUAUUAUUCCUGACAUCCCUUUUCCUCAGAAGUCAAUGGUUGAUAAUUCAAAGAUAUACAGAGAGCCAUGUAUGGUCAGUAUUCUUCCAGCCUGCCCAAUAGCUGCAGUUAUACCUGGCUUGCCAUCAUUAUACUUGCCAGAAAAAGAUAACAAAUGGCUGUCACAGGAAGGGUCAAUACUGCCACAAAAGAAGGAACCAGCUGUGCUUAUUCACAAUUUGGGAAUGCAGUAUCAUGGUAUUAAAGCAUUGAACAAAAUUAUUUUACUGAAGCCAACUUGCCCAAAAUCUGUCAGCAUUCCAGGAUUUCCAUAUGUGCCCCUUGAUACUGUGUACAUACAAAGUAGCAUUAAUUUCCUUCGAACUUGUUCUAAAGCCUCAAGAAUUUCUGGCCUACCUUCAAGACUAACAUUGUCAGAACCAGAAAGCUGGCCCAAAAAUAAUAUGGUGUUAUGGGAAAGAAAAAAGAAGAAAAGUAAAGCAAAGAUCGUACACUCAUUUACAGAGAGCCCAGAUAUGUUGAAGGCAAUGAUUCCUAUAAGAUCGUGUUGCUCAGCAGCAUCUAAGGUUCCUGGAUUUCCAUCUGUUCCAAGGUCUACACCACAAGAGCAUCCGAGUAUCAUAAAUAUGUUACCGUCUUGUCCAAAAAUGUCCAGUAUUGCAGGGUUCCCUUCAGUGUUUCUCAGUAUUGAGCAUGAUCUCUUACUAUACCAAUCUGACAAAGCACCACUGUUUGUGAUGCAAAAUAAGAAGGAUAAAACAAGUGUGAUUCCUGACUUGGGGAAACCAUAUGAUCAUAUUAGACAAGUGAGAAAUAUGUUGUCACUGACAUUAACAUGUCCAGCAACUGCUGCUCCUGGUUUCCCAUCUGCGCCAAUCCAUAUCGAAAAAGCCCCUAAUGCAGCCAAUCUAUAUCCAGCUUGUCCCACAACUACAAAGAUUUUUGGCAUGCCUUCAAAAUUGCUAGUCAUUGAGCAAGCAGAUAAAAAUAAGCAUAGGGAUAGUGUAAUAUUGUGGAAAAGGGAACUGAGAAAAAGUGAACCACACGUUCUUGCUAUGUCUAUAUAUAAUGCAGAAAUAACCAAAUCAAUGACGCUUAUAAGAUGCACUUGCUCAACACAAUCAAGGAUCCCUGGAUUCCCAUCUGCCCCAAAGCGUAGUCCUCAGAAACACCAAAAUAUUGUAAAUAUGAUGCCAUCCUGCCCAAAUAACUCAAAGAUGGUUGGCUUCCCAUCUUUAACAGUUAUGAGAACAGAUCAAGAUAUUCAACAAUGGAGAUUAAGCAGUGAAAGGUUAAUCCAAAUGCCAAAAAAGAGAAUGUCAGACAUUAUUUUAUGUCUGAGUCAUGUUUUAGACACAUAUAAGGAAAACAAUGAUUUUAUAAAGACUAUGGUGGCCUUGGUGCCAUCAUGCCCCAAACAAGCACGUUCUCCUGGCUUUCCAUCCCUACCAACACUGAAUCAUGAGAGCUCACGGUGCUUUCCAUCUGCACAACUUCCAAAAUCAGAAAAACAUUACACAUCACCCAGUGCAAUAAAAACCUGUGCCCCACUGAGAUUAGAGUCAUCUCUCACCAUAAGUGUUUCUAUGACACAUGUUCCUAUUACAGUUCUAACAGAAGAGAACAAUACUUCAAAGGAGUGUGACAUUGCAAUGCAGCAUUUCACAAGUAGUUCAGAUGUAAAUGAAGUGACUCAUAUCAAUUCAUCAGAAUUGAAUGCUAGUUCCCUGGAAGAGACCAAAGAGGAUAUGGGAGUUUGGCCAAAAAGUGAUAAAGGAGAAAAGGGAAUUCUAGAGAGUGGCAAAAUAGACUGCAGAAUGUGGCACUCCCUACCUCCAGACAUGCCAUUGUUACUCACUGCUGGGGAAAGAAUUGAAUGCACAGGUGCUGAGUUCCAAACUACAGAUGAAUACACACACACAGAACACUCUGCUUGUGAUGAGUGUACAUUUGAGCAUCUGACACAAAGACCACAACAACUUGCAUCCAGAUAUGAGGAGGAAAAAGAGACAGCGGAAGACAUAUGUAAUCUGGAGCCUUCUGUUUGUAAUGCUCAGUCCAAGCUUUUGCAUGUCCAGUGGGUACCCAACAUGGCAGAUCUCUUUCCAUCAUGUCCAAGAAUUUGUAGAGUUCCUGGGUUCCCAUCUACAGCUAUGACUAUUAUGUAUGAAACAGAGGGAAUGGACUGGCCUAGAGAUGCAAAGACAUUGUGGAGAAAGGGACCAAAAACAGUUGCACCCCUUCAGUACAUGCCAAUAUCUCAGUAUGAUACAGAAAUGAUUGGAAAUAUGGUAUCACUGGCCUAUACAUGCCCACGUGAAGCAAGUAUUAUAGGUUUUCCUUCUGCCAUUAGGGGAAAAAAAUUAAAAAUAUCAUCCUUAAGUACAUCUUGCAACAAGCCAUUCAGAAUAGCUGGAAUACCAUCAAUGUCCCUUAUUCAAGAGAAUAAGCCGGAUGUGGGGUGGCUAAAGAGGAAAGGAUGUUUAUUGCACAAACAAUCAAAGGAAAAACUGGCCUCCAUCAUAAAUACACCAGUUCAGUAUACUGAGAUUUCCAGUAUGAUAGUGGCUAUUGUUCCAACCUGCCCUGAGAAAGCACUCAAUCCUGGUUUUCCAUCUGCACCACACUCCAAAGAAGGAUGGAAGGGUGGAAACAUGGAAACUUGCUCAAUCAAAUCUACAGCAUCUGUAGCUGCUGGGUAUACAUUGAGAAAUGCACCAGCAACUCAAGUAGAUGGAUUUACCACUACAUCAGAACAUCAAGUCGAAGUUGUUCCAAGUGUGUCAAAGCUUCUUCCAACAUGUCCAAUGGUCUCUAAAAUUCCUGGAUAUCCAUCUAAACAAGACUCUAACGUUUUGGAGUGGGUCAGUGAUCAGACACUAAAUUUAUGCAAACAAGUCAAAGAAAAAACUGUUCACGUUACAGAAACUCAUAAGGAUACAGAAGAUAUAAAUAAAAAUAUGACUUUAUUAUCAACGUGCCCUCUUGCAGCACGCAUUCCAGGUUUUCCAUCUGCACACCAACGUAAAGGUCAGGAGCCAAAAAUGCAAAACAUUCGGCCGUCCUGCCCAAUGCUCUCCCACAUAGCUGGAUGCCAAAGCAUACAGAUCCCUAGAUCAUCAAACUGGCCAACCAAUCAAAUCAUUCUGAUGGAUAGGCAAACUAGGAAUCCUACAAUUAUUAUCAAGACAGCAAAGGAGAACAAAAAAUUGCAUAAACGCAAUGCUGCUUUGCUACCAGCGUGUCCAUACAAAACCUGCAUUCCAGGUUUUCCAUCAGUUCCAGAACCAAAAAUGGAAAAUAUUCUUCCUUCUUGCCCCAAAAGGACUAACACUGUUGGAUUCCCUUCUAAAAAGGGAACGAUGAGAGAUUGGUUAGUUGACAGUCUAAAUACAGUUCAGUUGUGCUGCAGGGCACCAAAACAGAAGUUACUUUUUAUUAAGAACAUAACAGACGAGGCCAGAGACUCACUGAAAAAUAUGUUUGCUUUAGCUCCAACUUGCCCAACACGGACAUUAAUACCAGGAUUCCCAUUUGCACCAAAGCCAAAAAUUUCUUUUAAUAUGGUACAUCUUUUGCCGUGUACUUCAAAAACUUCAAGAAUUGUUGGACACCAAUCAAGAGAGAGAACCGACACACAUAUAUGUUUUGUUGAGAGAAAGCCUUUGUGGGAGAAAUUAUUAAAAACAAGAUCAAAUAUUCAUGACCAAUGGUACUUUGUACCUCCAUGUGGCCAAUUAGACCAUUACAAUAGGAAGAAAAUGAUUGCUUUGAUGCCAACUUGCCCAAGAGAAGCUCAAACCCCUGGUUUUCCUUCUAAACCUUUCAUUAAAGUGGAUAAAUUCUAUUUACGAAAAGAGUCAGACAUGAAAAGCUUACUGAAUUCUUGCCCAGGGUUUGCUCUUGUUCCAGGCUUUCCUUCAGUGAAUUCAGUGGAGCCAUCAUGGGAGGUUCCAAUGAAACGAGUGUGGGUUAAACCUGUGAAACAGAAAUCGGUUUUAAUUGCAAGUACACCCAAACCAUUCAACCACUAUCUGAAAAUUGUACUUCUUGCACCAACAUGCCCUGAUAAAGCUAGAAUAUUUGGAUUUCCGUCUGUACGAGAGUUUAUGUAUUCAAUGACUGCUCUCUUACCAUCUUGUUCAUAUGAAUCAGGUAUAACUGGAAUGCCAUCUUGGAAAGAUAUAACUCAAGAUCAUACUCAGUUAGACAGAGUGUUGCCUGCUCAAACACUUUUUGGGGAAAAACCUUUGAAGACACUUUUGGUUUCUGAUGAUCUUCCUACAGUUGAGGAUAAAACAAUUAUGUCCUCUUUGGUGUAUUGUUGCCCAAGCAAAGCAAGAACCCAUGGAUUCCCAUCAAUGCCAACAAUACCUUCCACACAAAUCGGCAUGUCUGUAGCAAACCAUAAUCAAACCCAGACCCAAACAGAGUUCUGCGAAACUGCACUGAGUGUUACACCACAUAAGAUAGACAAAUGGGAUCUAAAUGUGGAUGUCAAAUUAUCUGGUAAGACAUACUGUCAAAGUGUGUUUUACUUAAUACAUCUCUUGACAGCAGAGUCAAUAUUAAUUUCCUGUUUUUUCAAAGAUAAAUCCACAGAAAUAAAAAAGACUGAAGAAAUUCUUGAAGGCAGAAGUCCACUACAAGAAAAUCAAUCCCUGGAAGAACCCACUGUGGAGCAGUCAACCCUAAGCAAAAGCAACAACACUACAGACUACUCAGAGACUGAUAUAUCAUCGGGAUGGGAGGUACUGGAGGCAGAGGAUCCUUUUACUGAAAAAGAAACUUCAGGGCUUGUUGAAACCAUAGUUGGUGUUUUUCACAAGGGUUUCGAGACAGUAGCUGCGAUGUUGCAACCCUCUGGUUCUGGAGAGUAUGCAGAUAGCCAUUUGACCGCUGAUGACCUCCGUUGUCCGGUGGAUCCAGAAAACAGCGUUAGCGUGAAACCCAAACAGUCAUGUGAACCUGCUGAGGAGCCAAACCUACAGAAAGCGUUACAUGUUUCAUCAACUGAACCUCAGGAGUUUAAAUUCCCUGUAAGUGCUGAACCAUACAUGUGGCGCUUGCCUGACAGUCGAUCUGAAACAUCCUUGUGCUCUAAAGAUGUUGAAAGAUGGCUUACUGGGAAUAGAGAACAUAGCCAUAUGAAGAAGUGGCCUCCACUAACAGAGGCAGACCUACACAAGAUUUCCAAAGAAGAGGAAGAAAAUGUCCCACUCACCUUACCUCAAAUCAGUGAAACAACCAAAAAGAAAAUUUUUGAUUUUGAUGAGAAUGCUGAAGAAGUGCUUUUAGCUAAGCCGUUCUUGAGAGAGAAGGGGCCACAGAAUCGUAGUGCUCAAGAGAUCUCUGCACUCAUCCAGCCUACAAGCAGCAAGACACCACUGCAGAUUAGCAUGAACUCUGGGCCUCAAGAGUCUUCUUUGACAGCAGUCGUGAAAGACCAAAAACCAAUUUCUCCUUGUCUAAAUGUAUCGAUUGCUUUACCUUGUGGCAGCAAGGUAAACAGUAAUCUCACUGAGGAAUCCUCACACACUAAGGAUCGUGUAUCUGUUGUAAACCAGGUUGAAAGUCUAUCAGAUGUAUCCCAGAGCUUGCAGGCAGCAAUGUCUGAAUCUGUCAUGGAGGAUGAGAAGGUGGACAAAGUUGUUGGCAUGCCCACAUCCUUGGAAAUUCCCCUGACAUGUCCAGAUGUUUCUUCUACUGAAACAACACUGCAGAGUCCCACUGUUCUACCUAUCCCAUUGCCUCGGGUAAAGAAGCGUCUUAGCGCUUCUUUACCAGAUGAUUACAGAGUGGAAAGUGGUAUGACUGAAAUAAGCAUUGGUGAUAUGUGCCCAGCAGACACUAGUGCGACGUCAAAUAAAGAAAAUGUGUCUGGCAUUUCUAAAAUUAGCGGUGCUGAAAUGCAGAAAAGCAAUCAAAUGUCCUCCACAGAUAUGCCUGACUCUGGAACCGAUGUAAAAUCAACUUCUGAUAUACAACCUAGCAGUGGGAGAAAUGAGCAAAUGACUUCUGAAAUCAAGGUGAAGUCAGUAGAUCAAGUCAAGCCCACAGAACCUCUCCUCCCGGUGCCUCGUGCGAGGAAGCGUUUGAGUGCUUCUUUUAAUGAUGACACUCCACCGGUGACAUCCUCCACUCCGUUUGUCCCUGAACAAGAACAGAAAGAAGCACCUCCACCACUUCCAGCUCCUCGUUCGAAGAAACGUCUCAGUGCUACUUUCCCAGACGAAAAUCCUUCUGAAGCGAACCAAGUUUUCUCCUUUGUGGAGCAAUCUGAAAGCACACCAGCUCUCCCUUCAAAUGAGUCUCCAUUAGAUUUCUCAGAAAACACUGUCAAAGCACUUGAACCAGAGAGUAACAAAUCUCUAAAUAGCGUAUUAUUUAGUGUGAAAAAAGUUACAGCCAGUCCAGAGAUUUCCUUCACUAAUCAUGAAGGCAGCAGACGGCUGGUUGAAGACACUGUCAGGGAGAAAGUCUGUGAAUCUGCUAAAACAGUGAGUGAGAGUGACAUAAACCAUGUUCCAGACACUGUGGGUAAAAUACAAAGACAAGAAGAGAGAUCCAGUGAGAAAAACCAGGAUGUAGAAACAUCUGUGAAAGAUGUUGAGCAGGGAAAAGGAGAAGAUAAGGUUCAUUUGGCUACUGUGUCUUUAGAUGAAACCGCUGCUACAUUAGAUUUAAAGAGACAAGCCACAGAGGAUUCUUCAAACCUGCCUCUCCCAAGGCCUCGUGUGAAGAAACGUCUAAGUGCAACAUUCCCAGAUGAUACCUCACUUCCCAGUGAUGAAAUAACCCUUCCCGAGAAAGAAUCUAAUAGGAGCAUUAAUGAACCAGUUCUCACCAAAAGGAAAACAAAGACAGAAGCCGUGGUCCAGCGUGGAAGUUCUCCAGCAAACUCUGCUGCAGCAAGUGAGGCAGAGAUGACAGGCCUCGUAGAUUCCAGUCAGUCUCUUCUAAAGUGGUGCCAAGAGGUAACACAAGGUCACAAAGGAGUGAAGAUCACAAACUUCAGCACCUCCUGGAGAAAUGGUCUUGCUUUUUGUGCCAUCCUCCACAGUUUCCAUCCUGAUAAAGUGAAUUUCGAAAUGUUGGAUCCUUAUGACAUUAAGCGGAACAACAAAAAGGCUUUUGAUGGCUUUGCUGAACUGGGCAUCACCAAACUGAUCGAGCCCUCUGACAUGGUACUGCAGGCGGUGCCUGACCGACUCAUUGUGAUGACUUACCUCAGUCAGAUCCGAGCACACUUUACUGGCCAGCAGCUCAGUGUGGUACAAAUUGAACAGAACAGCAAUGAGUCAAGCUAUGCUGUGGGAGAGAAAAUACAGAACACAGACCCUGAUGCUGCUGCACGUUAUUACGCUGAGAGAUUCCAGACCAGCCAGCUUGCUCAGGAGACAGUUGGGAAUGUCCCUGACAAAGAGACUAUGGAGAAUCCGAAUACCAGUGGUAGUUUCGUACCACCACCUCGAACCAAACGGACACAAGGGGCGAGUCAAGCAGGAGGCUCUGAGGGAGCCCAGGCUCCAGUUGUUCCUCCAAGGACUCAAUCUUCAUCCACCAAGGGCUUUUCUCAUUUAAAGGAUGCAGAUUUGGUAAAGAAGCGGCGUUCACAGCUGAGAGGGGAGUCGUUUGAAGAGGCUGAGAUGUCAGAGAAAACACCUGCAGCAGAGGGUGGACCAAGUCAUGCUGAAAGUGGAACAGCCAAAGCACCCUCAGGAGCAUUAGAGUGUGGGGAACAGGGAAAAGCUGGAGAUGGCCAGGAUGUCAGUCAGUAUGUCCUGAGUGAGAUGCAGGCCCUGGAGGCAGAACAGAGACAGAUAGAUCACCGGGCCGACAUUGUGGAGAAGAAACUGAGAAGCCUUAUGGAGUCUGGUAGUGAUCGUGUGGAGGAAGAGAAACUGAUUCAAGAGUGGUUCACGCUAGUUAACAAGAAGAAUGCCUUAAUCAGGAGACAAGACCAUCUGCAGUUACUACAAGAAGAGCAUGAUUUGGAGAGGAGGUUUGACCUGCUCAAGGGUGAGCUUAGAGAUCUCAUGGCAGUAGAAGAGUGGCAGAAAACUCAGGCCCAUAAAACCAGAGAGCAUUUGCUGCUGCAAGAAUUAGUGUCUCUUGUUAACCAGAGGGACGUACUGGUCCAUGACAUGGAUGCCAAAGAGAGAGGGGCUUUGGAAGAAGAUGAAAGAUUGGAAAGAGGCCUGGAGCUGAGACGAAGGAAGUAUGGAAGUCAAAAAGAGAAAUGUGUAUUGCAGUAAAGGAACAAGAUGGUCAAAGUGAUGUUAACAUUAAUAGACUGUUGGCAAACAAGAAAAGUCACUUUAUAUAAAACUAGUGAAGAAAAUCUAAGGUGGAGAAAUGGAAGAAUCACCAGAAGAACUAUGAAUGGGUUUGUUUUGACUGUGUGAAUUGCAAGUGGAGGUCUUUAGUUCUUUUGCACUUCAUCAAGAAAAAGUGGUAUUUUUUUUAAAAUUUUAUUUAGGAGAUCACUUAAUGUCCAUUUGACUUUGCUGAGAUUCUUUAAAAUUGAUGACACUCCUACUGAUUCAAGUUCAGGAUACAUUUAUGAAUGUCUUUCUAAGCAGAUACUGCUUUACAUUGUGCCAUUUAUAAAGUAUAUUGUUACAUUUAAGACAGAACAUAAUAUAUUGAUGUGCCAUAGCAGUGAAUGUAUGAUUUAAAAUCGCAUUGCCUUUAGUACAGGCAAAUGGCAAAAGAUAGAUCAGACACUGAAAUCGAAAUUCAAAAAGAAAAUAUAGUUUUCUAGAUACAUUAUACUUUUGAAAAACAUAGCAUGACUCAAAUAUUAAAUCUAUUUAAAUCUAGCUAGAUGCCGGCCUAUAUAGGUCAUACUUGUCAGCCAACAUACAGUGGCAGACAAGACUCUGAAUGUUCAACAAAGAAAGGUAUUAAGAUCUCUGUGUGGACUUUAAAUUUCGAAGACGUGCAGUAAAUGAAAUGACGUUUGGUUAAUCCACCGUUUUGCAAAUUGUGUGAAUUCAUGUCUGUGGUUUGGUAUUUCCUGUUUCCGUGCAAUUUGGUCUUCCACACAGAGUAAGACCUUAUCAAACUAUUGCAAAGCCUGCUUUGAAACAUAAAAUAUAGUAAACAAACCCCUAUAUAGUAAUAUACAGUACACACACUGGUGUACUAUCUCCUGCCAUUAGUUAUUAUCAAGUAGGUCCUUAGUGCACUUACUGUAUUUAAGGUUUAUAAUGUUACCUUUAUUUUGAUUGGUAUUUUCUGUUACUUAGUUCAAAUAUAGCAAACAAGUAUGCACCACAGCAAAAUGACGCAGAACGGUGAACCUUUUAACCUUCCUUUGUUCUGUGCAAGGGGAAGAGAUUUAGUACCAGAAACUGAUUGACUUGGAUACACAAGCCACUCCAGUUUGCUGUUUAAACAGAAUAUUUGUGAUGACACAAACAUGAAUGAGUGUUUCUGAGUAGUUUUCCAAAACAGUAUUAGUUUUGAAACCCUUUUUUCUUAAAAGUUAGAUAAUUUAUUUAUGUAUUAAUCUAUAAGUGUCUGAGUGUUCUCUUUUAUUGCAUUAUUUUAACGUGAAUGUUUUGGCCUCUGCCUUGCAGUGUCACUGUUUGCUAUAAGAAAUAUAGGAAUAUAAGAAUUCUUGUUAUCUGACUUCGUGCACUUUUAAAACUGCACUGUUUAAAAGAGUUUCAGGGAAAAUAAAAGUUGAUUAAUUUGCGUCUCA